AGAUUCCUGCAUCGAUGCCCGAACCAGAUCACCGGCAGCCUGGGAGAGAUCAGAUCUAGCUGUAUCUUCUUUUGCUCCCAAUCCCAACUAGUCUAGGAAGAAGGUGGCGAUGAUAUUGGAGGCCUUAUGGGAGGCCUUAUCGGAGGCCUUCGUCUCAAAAUUUGCUGAAAUGCUGGUCGAGUUGGCGAAGGAGGAGGUUGACAUGCUCUUAGGUGUGCCUGGUGAGAUCCAAAAGCUCCAGAGCAAGCACCGUAUGAUCAGCAAAGUCCUUUCCGUCGCCGAGAGGAGGAGGAUCAAUGAUGAGGCCGUCGAUGACUGGAUCAAGCAGCUCAAGGAUUUCAUGUACGAUGCCGAUGACAUCCUCGACUUCUGUCGCAUUGAGGCCGACAAAUGUAAAGAAGGAUCUUCGUCCACUUCUUGGGUGCGCUUCCCCUUGUCCUUUCUCCCUUUCCGAAAGCCUCUAGUUGCUCAUGAGAUUGGCACGAAAAUUAGAGAACUCAAUCAGAAGCUUGAGGAGAUUUCGAGUUGGAGGUCUGAAUUCAAUCUUGAGCUCACUUCCCAUGACAGGCAGCAAGUGACAUCUCGAAUUACUCGCAUGACAUCUCCUGCAGGUGAGAUUGAUAUUGUCGGAUCUGAAAUUGAAAAGCACGCUCAGAGCUUGGUUGAUUCCCUAAUUAAGGAUGACGGACGGAGAAACAUUCUUGUUUUCGCAGUUGUGGGUGUGGGGGGAAUUGGCAAGACCACACUUGCUCAAAGGAUAUAUAAUGACCAGAGGAUUCGGGAGGAGUUCUCAGUGAAGAAGUGGGUGUGUGUAUCGCAAGAGUUUGAUGAGAUAAAUUUGCUGAAAGAUAUCUUCAAUGGAGACAAGGAUGAUCUUGCCCAGGAGCAGAGUAGGUCCUCGCUUGAGCCCAAGGUCGAGAGCAGUCUUAGGGGUAAGAAGUUGUUUCUUGUUCUUGAUGACGUUUGGACUGCAAAGGUUUGGUGUGACUUGUUGCAUAACAUGCUAAAUAGUUGUGUUGCCGGCAGUAGGAUCCUUGUUACUACAAGAUAUGAAGACAUCGCGAUGCAGAUGUUGGCAGUGAACAUCCAUCACGUCAACAAAUUGUCUUUAGAGGAUAGUUGGUUAUUGCUUUGCAAGAAGGUGGUCCUGACUGGAGAUGAGGUCGAGAUCCAGCAUCUCAAGGACAUAGGGAUGGAGAUUGUUAAGAAAUGUGAUGGCCUUCCUUUACUCAUUAAAGCGAUUGCAGGUGUGCUAUGCACGAAGGAGAAGAACUGGACAGCUUGGAAUAGAGUUCUUGAAAGCACUGCAUGGUCCACAUCCGGGCUUCUUGAGGAGGUUAAGGGAGCAUUAUAUUUGAGUUACGAAGACCUACCAAGCUAUCUGAAGCAAUGUUUUAUAUACUGCUCGUUGUUUCCUAAAGACUAUAGAAUCCUUAAGAAGGAUAUUACUACACUUUGGAUUGCUGAGGGAUUUGUGAAAGCUGAAGGGAGUUCGACUAUGGAAGAGACAGCAGAAGAGUACUACAGAGAGUUGAUUAUGCGAAAUCUUUUGCAGUCUUCCGUCAAUCAAAUGGCAUUCCAGAUGCAUAACCUCCUGCAGUAUCUUGCUCAGUAUCUGGCACGAGAUGAGAGCUCGGUUGUCAUGAAGCAGCACGAAGUAGGCAGCAGUAACGGGCUGAUGAAGCUGCGCCGUGUACAUGUGAGAGACCGUAAAACAACAGAAAUCUUUGAUGUGUUAGUAAAACAGGACUCGCUGAGGACUCUAAUAUGGAGAGAGACCCGCUUGUCUGAGACUCAGAUGGAUGUUGUUUUUAAUAAACUUUCUUGUUUAAGAGUGCUGGAUAUUUGUUCGUCGACAAUUCAAGGAUUGCCAGAUUCUUUGGGUAACCUCAUACAUCUGAGGUACCUAAAUAUCUCAGGAUCCCAGAUAAGCGUGAUAACGGAAAGCAUAGGGAAUCUCAGAAAUUUAUGGUACUUGGAUAUCUCAAGCACCAAGAUAAGCGUGAUACCGGAAAGCAUAGGGAAUCUUAGAAAUUUACAGUCCUUGAAUAUGUGGAUGUGUUUGCCCCUUUCUCGCCUUCCCAACAGUAUCGUGAAUUUACACAACCUUAGGAGCCUCGAUCUUUCUGAGACGGGGGUGGUUGGGAUGCCAGCAGGCCUAGGAAGGCUUCAAAAUCUUCAACUACUGCGUGGAUUUAUGCUGCAGAGCAACCGGACAGAGGGAUGCUGCACGAUGGAAGAAUUGAGAUCUCUCUCGUGUCUCACGGAUCUCUUAAUUGAUAAAAUGGAGUGCAUAUCCAGUAGCUCCGAGGCAAAAGCAGCCGAAAUUGGAAACAAAUCCAAGCUCAAGUCACUCGAGCUGAGUUGCACACUUGACCUUCAACCUAGCGAGGAGGAGAUGAGGAGAAUCGAGGAGGUGUUUGAAGAGCUCCACCCUCCACCUUGCCUGGAACGACUGAGCAUCACGUGUUACUUUGGCCGUGAGUUCCCAAAAUGGAUGGCAGAGACAUCUUCAUCAACAUCAAUUCUUUUUUCAAAUUUGAGACGGUUGGAGCUUCAAUAUUGCAAAUAUUGUGAGCGGCUUCCACCUUGCGGGCUGCUCCCUCAUCUAGAACAUCUUGAUGUCAGGGGUGCUGCAGCAGUCAUAGACGUUGGACCUGAAUUUUUGGUCGGCGACAGAGCAGGAGUAGAUUCUUCCAAGUAUGCAUUCCCCAAGCUGGAGACGCUAUGGUUCAUAAAUAUAUGUAAUUGGCAGGAAUGGCAUUGGGAUAAAGGAGCACAAGCAAUGCCAUGUCUAAAGGACCUGCACCUUCUACACUGCCCCAAGUUGAAGUCUCUUCCCGAGGGUCUCUUGUUCCAUGCAACCUCUCUGACAAAAUUGAUGAUCUAUGUUGCGAACAGCCUCACGACAAUUGAGAACAUCAUUUCGCUCAAAGAAUUGUAUAUAGCGCAUAGUCGCAACCUCGAGAAAGUUUCAAACCUCCCUGCGCUCACAACCCUCGACGUUCAGUACUGCCCAAAAUUGCAAGUGGUGGAGAAUCUUCAAUCCUUGAAAAGGAUGUAUCUGAUCGAUUACAAAAUGAAAUCUCUCCCAUCAUACUUUCUGAAAGAAGUGCAAAGAGGUGUAAAAAAAAGGAAAAGAGUAUAUAGACCUUCCAAGACAAGAAAAGGAGUACAUACAGCUCAUCUGGAGGAGCUGGUGAUUCGGUGCAACUUGGGACUGAUGAGAAAAAUUUGCCAAAAGGCCAGCCCGGAGUGGCCAACAAUCCAAGACAUCCAGCGGGUGAGCGUAUUCUCAGAUAAUAGAUCGGUGGAUAAUGGACUGCUGCAUCUCUUCUAUAACAAGUCCCCCUUCAGCUUCACUACAAAUUUUAACGACACCACCAGCAGCAGCAGUGGCCUUGCUUUGUGAUCCAUGCCGCUUCCAUACUCCUUUUCAACUUUGGCUACAGUUCUUUCCAGGUAUACAUACAGGCUUGAGCAUAGAUUAUUUAAUGGUCCGUACAUUUAGACUCAAUCAUACAGUUUCAAAGCAUCUCCUUACCCUGGACAAGAGUCUUUAUAAUGUGUUGUCAUCUUUGGCAAUAUGGGGAAGGCUGAAGCUGAUGGUUCCAAUGAAUACAAUUUUCAGCCAGGCUCCUUGAACACCACUUACCAGAUAAUCAAGGACCUGAACAACGUAAAUAUUCCAUAUUGGAGAUAUAUGCUAUGCAAAUGGAUGCAUAUCACAAUGGGAUCAGUUUACAUCACAAAUUGAACCCAUUGCUUCAAUUGUACCUUAUAUGAUUGGAAGUGGUAAUCAUGAGCGUGAUUGGCCUGGAACAGGGUCCUUCUAUGGCAAUAAGGAUUCAGGUGGAGAAUGUGGCUUACUAGCUGAAACCAUGUUUUAUGUUCCUGCAGAGAACCGGGCGAAAUUCUGGUAUACGACUCAAGAAAGGAGCUCUGCUGAAUUUAUUUUUUCUUGAUGUUCUCUUUGAAAAGACAUAGCAUUUUCUUUUAUAGGUUCCAUGAUUUUAGUUGUUUAAUGUAACACCAUUAGAUUGCUUAAUUCAAUUAGUGAAAUCUCUUCUGGAUCAAACAGCCAAUCAUUUAUAUUGUUUCAUUCAUUAUUUCCUUUUCCUCUCUAGUUAUAUCUAUCAAUAACUUCAGAUAUUCACUGAAAACUUUUAAACAAGCAAAGUUUCUUUUGAGUUGAAUCAAGAAAUGACUGCCAUUAAAUUGUCAGUAUGGCUGAUAUUUUGAUUAUCUUAUGCGUCAUUAUUUUGUAUGAACGUAAUACAGAAAUAUUUAUGGUUGUACAGUACUCCAGUUGAGUUCGAUCCAUUAGGCAUCUCUUUUGAGUAACAAUUCUCUGAGAGUUUCUUUGUGCAAAAUCUUGUGUGGAGAGUGAGUUCUCUUCAGCAUUGUAGGGCAUUGCACCCCAAAUUCCAUGUGUUUCUUCUUGUUUUGAUAUGUAAAUGCCUUGCAGAUCAAGGACAUGGUAUUGGCUGCUUGUCUUUUUGUUGCAUUGCUAUUAUAACUAUAAUGAAGCUGAUGGUUCCAAUGAAUACAACAAUUUUCAGCCUGACUCCUUGAACACCACUUACCAGCUAAUCAAGGCCCUGAACAACGUAGAUAUGGUUAUCCAUAUUGGAGAUAUAUGCUAUGCAAAUGGAUACAUAUCGCAGUGGGAUUAGUUUACAUCACAAAUUGAGCCCAUUGCUUCAGUUGUGCCCUAUAUGAUUGGAAGUGGUAAUCAUGAGCGUGAUUGGCCUGGAACAGGGUCCUUCUAUGGCAAUAAGGAUUCAGGUGGAGAAUGUGGUGUACUAGCUGAAACCAUGUUUUAUAUUCCUGCAGAGAACCGGGCAAAAUUCUGGUAGAUGCCUCAAGAAAUGAGCUCUGCUGAAUUUAUUUUUUCCUGGUGUCCUCUCUGAAAAGACAGAGCAUUUGCUUUUAUAGGUUCCAUGGUUUUUGUUGUUUAAUGUAGUACCAUUAGAUCUCUUAAUUCAAUUUGUGAAAUCUCUUCUGGAUCAAACAGCCAAUGAUUUAGAUUGUUUCAUUAAUUAAUGCCUUUUCCUCUCUUGUUAUGUCUAUCAAUAACUUAAGAUAUUCACUGAAAACUUUGACAUAAGCAAAGUUUCUAUUGAGUUGAAUCAAAAAAUGACUUCCAUGUAAGUUGUUAGCAUUGCUGAUUUUUUGAUUAUCUUAUGCAUCAUUAUUUUGUAUAUAUGCAAUACAGAAACAUUUAUAGUUGUUAAGUACUCAAGUUGAGUUCGAUCCAUUAGGCAUCCCCUUUGAGUAACAAUUCUCGGAGAAUUUCUUUGUGCGAAAUCUUGUAUGGAGUGUGAGUUCUCUUCAGCAUUGUAUGGCACUGCACUCUAAAUUCCAUGUUUUUCUUCUUGUUUUGGAUUUGUAAAUGCCUUACAGAUGAAGGACAUGUUAUUGACUGCUUAUCUUUUUGUUGCUUUGGUAUUAUAACUAUAAUGAAGCUGGUGUAACUUCUACCAUAGUAAUGCCUUCUGCUUAUAAUAUUGAAAUAUUUAAAAUUCUGAUAUCAUGAUAUCCAGUUAUAUUGUCGCAUCUUGUUGCUAUAGCCAAAUAAUUCAUCUUAAAAUUUGUUUUUAUUAUUGUUAUCAUCAGGUAUUCAACAGAUUAUGGCAUGUUUCGCUUCUGUAUACCUGACACCGAGCAUGACUGGAGAUGAGGGACUGAGCAGUAUGAAUUCAUCGAGCACAGCCUUUCAUCAGUUGAUGGACAAAAACAACCACGGUUGAUCUUCCUUUCUCAUCUGGUUCUUGGUUAUUCCUCUGGAGCAUACUAUGGUCCGGAACGAUCCUUUGAGGAGCCAAGGGGUUGAGAUAACCUUCAAGAUCUUUGGCAGAAGUAUAAGGUUGACAUUGCCUUCAAUGGUCAUGUCCGCAACUAUGAAAGAAUAUGUCCAAUUUACUAGAUAAAUAUGUUAUCGGCACUCGGGUAUUCCAUUUUGUAAGUCCAAUUACCAGCCAUGCUAGCAUGAAUACAAAUCCUUCUUACAGGCAUUGGCUGCUUCAAACUAUACUAAUCACAUUGAACCAUUUAGAAUUUAACUGUUUCAUUCAUUUUAUUCCUCCAGGGAGAAGCUGAUGGUUUCAUAGUUUUGUUCCCCACUUUUCUUAUCUAAUCAUUUCUUCUUUUUGUUUCAAUAUAUUGAGCUUGAUGAAGGUUCGCUGUACCGGUACCGAACCCCGUACUUGUGCCGCACUAGUAUAGGCGUACCGAGUGUCGGUACGGUACGGUAUGCGGUACGCCAGGCCUACCGAUAUUGGCAUAUCGAUUCCGGUACCCAUCGGUACGGGUACGGUACGCCCGGUACCGACUGAUACCGACCAGUACAGCAUACCAUGGCUUGAUCAAUAUAUUUUUCUUUGGUUGCAGAAUACUUGCGUGCGCAAUGCAUCACAUUCGCACCAUUACAGCCGUCCAUUUGCAGAAACCACCAAUGUAGUUGUUGGAGGUGGAGGUGCUAUCAAAACCCAGGACCCAGGUCCAUUUACUCGUCGAUGUUUCUCCAAGGAGUGUUGGUGUUGGUUAUGGGCAUGGUAGGGGCCGAAGCACUCUUAGGAGCAGAGGGUCUCGCAGAUACCCUGUGAAGCCUCUUACUUCUAUUGAGACCUGUCUCGUCCCUCUGCUUUACGAUGAAAAUUUUGAAAUUGAAGAGUACGUAUUUAACUCAGUCUCAUCACCUACUGCACAAGCUGCAAAGCCAUUUGUUAUAACUGAUGGGAACAGAAUAAUCAACAAAUCAAGCUAUGAACCUUUGAGCAACAAUGGCUUGCAUAUGGAUGUUGGGGUUAGUUCAGGAGUAACGGGAACUAUUGUUGGAGUUUCUCCUCUUCCUAAAAGAAACUGAAAUGAAAGAGCAGGGAGAUGCAGCAUGGAAGGUUGGACUCUUCUAAUUCUCAAAGUUCCCGCAAUUUCCAACACUCGCAAGGUCGAGUCGAGCUCAAUUAGGUAAAGCCUAAACGGACACUACAUCAUUUUACAGUUUCACAUUCUCCGGAGUCGACUUCAAGAACUCUUCUCCAAAAUCCAGUGCUUUCUAAGUGCACCUAAAUUUCUCCCCACUCGUUCCAACUCUUUUUCCACAUGAUCUAAUUUUAAUCUCAAAAACAAUAAAAUCCCUUCAAUUAUUUGUUUCUCAAAUCUCAAAGCAUAUCAUCUUAGUUGCACGGAUCUCAAAGCCUCAUCCCAUCUCAGCCAUUCAUCUUGCAUCACCCAACUCCACGCCUCUCAAACCCAUUGUUUUUCCCAUGCAUUGAAACAAAGAACAGAGCAUCCAUGGAUCAUUCCCCUUCACGUGAUUCUCCCACUUCCCAGCCAUCCACUAGUCAUUUUUUUCCAUAUCAAUUCCAUUUAAAUAUUCAAUAUCAUCAUCUCCCACGGAUAAGAAUCCUAACUCACCUCCCCUGUGUGCAUGCUAUUCGGACCAGGAUUAGAGCCGUUCAUCCCAUUUCAUCCAAACCCCCAGCCACGUUCUCCUCUUCCGAACCAAGCUAACCUUCUUUCGGAUUAACCCCAACGUCCCAUGCUCCUCUCCGAAUCCCCUGUUUCACGUUCAAUCUGUUCCGACUUCAUCCUUAUCUCAUGCCCAUCUCCCGGAUUUCCAGCCAAUGGCAGCACAACCAAAUGAUCCCAACGUCAUCGAACUUUACUUCCCCUGUUUCGGAACCAAUCCAAAUCUUAUCCCGUUGUGAUCCAUCUUCAUCCAAACAACCCCAGCCACGGAAACAGAACCAGGAUCUCAUCCGCAUCCUUCCGAAUAUCC